ACGGCGUGUGUUCGCUGUUUGUUGAUGUUUGUGAAGUUGUGAACGUAAAGUGUAGUGGCGGUCCCGGUGGUGGUAUAAGUGCAUGGAUAGUGAUUAGUGAAAAGUUUUUUGUUUAUUUCCUGCUAGGGAGAUAUUAUUCAGUGAUGAAAGAAACGUAGCUUUUAAAUUCUGUCUCAAACUGAUACAAACUGCCUGCCAAUGACUAGCAAAACAAGUAGUUUGAAGGCAUUACUGUUACGUGCUUGGAGGGAACGCUGGUCGGACCUUCAGUGGGGCAUACAUAUUAAAACGAUUCUCCCUCGUGGUGUAAGUGGUGAUGUUUAUAACCUUGCAGACUGUAUUCUACAGCAGGCUCUUGUGGGGCCAGGACCAAACCAGCUGGUGCUUUCAUACCUUAAACACUCCCUAAGCUCUCAGCUUGUAUCAUAUGCUGCUGUGCUACAGAGGAUCAGUAAAUAUGACAGCUUCAAUAAACCAUACUGCACAAUUAGUCUGCUGGAUUUCCUGGACACAAUCAAGGGAGGUAUUACUUGCCGAGGCAAGCCUGAAGAAGGGCUCUUAGCUGGUGCUGCAGUUUCAUUAGUGGGAUGGUUGCUGACAUGUAUACAGUAUGCCUUGGAGAAACAACAGUCGGAAGUUAGUACAAACACAGAAUUGUUGCAGGCCUUAUUGGAGCGUCCAUCAGCUUUGAUUAAUGAUAUCCUUCAUUGUCGAUUCAUGAGGGCUGUUCUUUUCCUUGGUAAACACGAGUGUCCUGAUACAUAUAAAGAAAUUGUCAAAAAAUGUCAAGAGCUUGAAGUUUUACUUUUGCAGAAUGCUUCAUUUCAGCCAUCUGUUCCUUUGACUGAGCCCUUAAGGAAAUUGUCCCAGCUUGAAGCUGAAGAUCGCAGUACUGAUGAUGGGUACAGUGAGCCUGUUACAUAUUGCCUUCAAGCCUUACUUGCAGUUGAAGUGCUCCUGAAUCCAAAUUCUGAUACACAGAUGUUUGUUAAUGAAAUGCUUAUGAUACAGAGGAUAAAGGCGUACAAUUGUGCACGGUUGUAUUCAGAGAUUAUGCGUGCCUGCUUAAUCAGCUUAAAUGAUGUCCUCGAGACAAGCAGUGAAUCUCAAUGGGGAGCCUUCACAUUUCUCAAGGUUCCUCAAAUCCUACUGCAACUUCACCGGCAUCAUUUAGCUUCAAGAUCUGGAGAACUGCCAGAUACACGAGAAAUUGGUGAUUAUUCCAAAGACAUUGUAGACUCAAUAGAGCUGCUUCUGCAGUACACACCACUUCUGGAUAUUAUGGAUUCAAAGUGUUCUUGCAACUGCCUAGAAUUUUUGUUGAAAGAACUGCAAAGUGUUGGGCUUGUUACAGAUGCACAUGUGCAACAUUAUAAAACCAAACGGGAAGGCAUGAUCGUUGCAGUACUGAAACCUGACCAAGCAGCACAACAGACACCCUGUAUACCAAAAAUUAUAACGAGAGCAGAGUCAACUCUCUCUGGAAUUCUCAAGACCUUGGAUACUGAUUAUGUUAAAAUACAGGAAGCUGUUGUGAGCAUACUGUGUCAGGUGUUAACUGGAAAAAGUUUUGAACUGAUACUCUCUGUGGCAACAGUACAGGGGAAGCUGCGUACUUUUGUGUCCAAAUUGAUUAAGUUUAAUGAAUGCAGCAAACAGAUAGGUGGUGAAGGAGGGAAGGCUUCACAGACUCGUGCAGUUUUAUUUGAUGUCACAUUCCUUAUGCUAUGUUUCAUAGUGCAUACAUAUGGUUCAGAGGUGGUGCUAUCUGAAGAGAGAGGGGACUCCUUUUUUGAGCAAUGGGUCCAAGUGUGCAUGGUAGAAAGAGGUCAUCCUAAAUGCCCAGACAAAAUGUUGCAACUCAGUGAUCCUUUGAAAGUUGAAAGCCUUCUUACACAAUUUAAUUCAGCAGAUAGUGACUUCAAAACCAGCCAAGUAAAGUGGCAUGAAGUUUGCUUGAAUGUGCCCAGUGCAAUCAAUGAGGUACUGCAAGCAUGGGAACAUGGAAUAGUCUCUGCAACAGAUGUGAAACGCAUCUUGGAUGCUAUGCGAAGCCGAAUGGCAUGUUUGCCUGUUUGUGCUGCUACAUGGCUUUGUAGUUACAUGCAGAUCCUGCCACAAGAGGUGCUACUAAAACCAAUGAACAUGGUGCAGCAGUUUUUGACACCAUUAACAACUGAAGAAAUAAAUCAGCCAGAUAAUUUUAAGGAGAGAGCUGGCCUGAUGUUCCAAAUCAUCAGAAAAAUGCAGUAUGAUGUUUAUCCUCCCACACAGUCAAAAGUUAAGGGAAUAACCCUGUCACACAGCAUAAUAUGCCGCGAACCUAUCAGUGAACAGCUUUCAAGUGUGUGGUCUGGAAUACACCAAAGGGGUUGGAUCAACAUUGAGCAGACACGUUCUCUUGAAAGCUUGUUAGCGACUGGUGGCUCAUACUGGUUUGUUGACAACCUUGUUAAGGAAGUGAUGAAGUAUCGCCAUCGCGAAGAACUGGACAGAGGAGCCGAUUUAGCAUUAGCUGUGUUUCAUCUUGACAUUGAACAGUGUACUCAGGCUCUGCUGCUGCAGGUCUUGCCCAAAUACCUAAACAAUCAGCUACUGAGUGAUGAGCUAGUUGAGCCUCAGUCUUCAGCAUUGGCAAAACUCUGUGCAUACUGUGUGUAUGCUGCGUUGGAAGCACAGAACAGUGCCAUGCAGGGAACUGGUGGACACAAUUCAAGGAAACGCAGUCGCACUCGGCGCGAGGCAGAAGGAGAGGAACCAGAUGGUUGUGGUCCUGCAACCAAGCUCUUACGACUGAGUGUGACUGAUGACCUCGUUUUUGGACCCGGCACUACUUCUACGUCUGGCAGUGGUAGUUCAUCUGCCACAUCUUCAUCUGGAGCAGCUGGACCUGCCCUCGAAGAGCCACUUGCCUCAGCUCUGGAACAUUUCUUUCGCAAUGUAGCCAUUGCAGCAACUAGAGAUGGGGAAAUAUCACGCCAAACACACUUUGCUACCCGAUUGCUGCAGUUCAUGGUACGCUGUGGGAAGGACAGAUCACAGAUUGUUCUCCAGGCUGUGCCACCUACUCUUGUACCAUCCUUAGUGCGUUCAUUACCUGACUUGUUUACUGCUGAGCUGCUUCUCAAGCUGUACGAUCUCAACACAGCAGCAGGACGAAAGGCAGCAGCACGAGAUAUUUGUUUGUUACGCAAUAUGUCCCUAAGACAUAGCACAUUCAAAGAUAUGAUGCAAGGAUGACAGUAACACAUUUUAGGAGAUGCGUUAAGAAAUCGACUGGAGAUACAUGCAAAAUCAAAUGGAGUGUAAAUAACCAUUGAAUCUUUCCUCGGUGAGAAAAACUGAGUUGUUACACACUGCAUUGCAGUUCCUUCCUGUUCAGUGUUUCCUCGAAAAUAAGUAAUUUAAAGGUGUCAAAGGCAUUGUGUCACCCAACACUGCUACUGUAGUUAUUACUUUUUCAAGAAUUUUUUAGAAUAUGCGGUCCCAUACUGUUGCAAGUACCUGUGUUUUCUUUUUUAUGUGGCUAAGAAAUCGACUGGAGAUACAUGCAAAAUCAAAUGGAGUGUAAAUAACCAUUGAAUCUUUCCUCGGUGAGAAAAACUGAGUUGUUACACACUGCAUUGCAGUUCCUUCCUGUUCAGUGUUUCCUCGAAAAUAAGUAAUUUAAAGGUGUCAAAGGCAUUGUGUCACCCAACACUGCUACUGUAGUUAUUACUUUUUCAAGAAUUUUUUAGAAUAUGCGGUCCCAUACUGUUGCAAGUACCUGUGUUUUCUUUUUUAUGUGGCUUAGGCAUUGUAAAUAUUCUUUUUGUCCAAUCUUUAUCAUUGGAAAUAAAACAUUAUGAUGUAAAUUUGUAACAAAAGCAAGCAUGGGAUGUCCCAUGUUGAGAAAGUAAGUCAGCAUUGCUGAAAUAAAAAAAGAAAAAGAAGUAAUAAAUGUGGUAACAGAAUAAAUAAA